UACGUCAUCUUUAUCAUUCACUGGCACUCCAAGUUCCAGCAAGAAUUCAACAAUUUCUGUAUGACCAGCUGAGCAUGCCCAGUGCAACGCAGUUCUGCUGUCCUAGAUGGGAAACAGGGAAGCACAGCUAUCAAUUCCUGAAGACAAGUAAGCAGAAGAGUGCUGAUGCUGGCAAACCUCCAGUUUGAACAUAAGAAAUGGAGAGCACCAGGUCCUCAGCCCGGAGCUUCUGGGAGUUGCAGUUUGAAAGAAUUUCCGGGCCUGGAGGCAUCUUCGCCGGCUACUCAGUUCCGGCUCCUAGCAAUGUGGAACUACAAGUCCCAGAAUCCUCUGAGAAAGCCGUAGUCAAGUUGCCGGUGGAAUUGGCCCAGGAUGACAGCUGGAGAAUGGAGUCAGUUAUGUCCAAGUAUGAAAACCAGAUUACUAUUUUCACUGACUACCUAGAAGAAUUCCCGGAUACAGAUGAGCUGGUAUGGAUCUUGGGGAAGCAGCAUCUUCUUAAAACAGAAAAAUCUAAGCUGUUGUCUGAUAUAAGUGCUCGUCUAUGGUUUACAUACAGAAGGAAAUUUUCACCGAUUGGGGGAACAGGCCCUUCAUCUGAUGCCGGCUGGGGAUGUAUGCUGCGCUGUGGACAGAUGAUGCUGGCUCAGGCCCUUAUCUGUAGACACUUGGGAAGGGGUGAGUUCCAUUUGUUCUACAGAUGGUUUCAGAGACAUCUGCCAUAUCACUUGUUGCUCUGGUUUAAGAACAUUCAGAAUAGCCUGCCAUUCCUGUGGGAAGUGGGGCUGGCUGGUCCAUGGUGGCAAAGGAGGGGGUCUUCCAGGCAUGCUAGGUCCCUCUGUUUUACCUUUGAAAAAGCUCCUAUUCCUACAUCCUCCUGCCUCAUCCAGAUCUCUUGCCUUCUGUUUCUAGAGAAAAUGUGCUGUGUUCUUCCCGUGGGUGCUGACACAGUUGAUGAGAGCCCUCCUGAUUCUCUGACCGCUUCCCAUCAGAGUAAAGGCCCCUCUGCCACAUGCCCAGCUUGGAAACCCCUGCUGCUCAUCGUGCCCCUUCGCCUGGGCAUAAACCAAAUCAAUCCUGUGUAUAUUGAAGCAUUCAAAGAGUGUUUUAAGAUGCCACAGUCUUUAGGGGCUUUAGGAGGAAAGCCAAAUAACGCCUAUUAUUUCAUAGGAUUCUUAGGUGAUGAGCUGAUUUUCUUGGACCCUCACACAACCCAGACCUUUGUUGACACUUCUGAAGAGAGUGGACUAGUAGAUGAUCAGACUUUCCAUUGCCUGCAGUCUCCACAGCGAAUGAGUAUCCUGAACUUGGAUCCAUCUGUGGCCUUGGGGUUUUUCUGCAAAGAAGAAAAAGACUUUGAUAAUUGGUGUAGCCUUGUCCAGAAGGAAAUUCUAAAGGAGAAUUUGAGGAUGUUUGAAUUAGUUCAGAAACACCCAGCACACUGGCCUCCCUUUGUACCUCCAGCCAAGCCAGAAGUGACAACCACAGGCGCAGAAUUCAUAGACUCUACUGAGCACCUGGAGGACUUUGACCUGGAGGAAGAUUUUGAGAUUCUGAGUGUGUAAGAUAGUGAGAACUCAAUGUAAAGGUCUUCUGCCUUCCAUCCGGCACCACAAGAACUUGUUACAUAAAACUUUUCUGGUCAGCAAGUGCCUAAUAUGCCAACAGCAUACAAACUCAAUAGCAAUUAUGACUGAGCCAAUUAUGGUUUUUCAGAAAUUAAAAAAAAAAAAAGAUCAGUGGCAUCAACCCUUCCCUGAAAAGAAAGAGAAAAUCAUAGAGUCUAGGAGAAGGAUUCGGAAUCCAUUGCCUCCAGCUUGUCUUGCAUGGGGACAGCAAGUCUUCAGCAGCUGGAAUGGGAGCAUCUGGGAGACAGACAGCAGCUUCCGUGAUGCUGCAAGUACCAGCGGAUGAGAUAUGGUUCUGCUGUUCUUCAUCCUUUCAGGUGUGACCUCUUUGGGGAUAAGUACUAAGAAGAAGUCUGCUUUCUUGCUCAAAUAAUAAAAUAAAUGAAUCAGGGAGAAA